UUAAAUAAAAAUCACAAUGCUGCGUCAGGAGAACUUGGCCGCCAACUUCUGUGGCCUUCUGGCCAGCCAGGGACACACAGAAAAGGCGAACGAAUGGCGAAUUUUGGGGCAGGAGCAGGACGGAUCACUGUUAACAUCCUGGAUAUUUGAUUAUAUGGACGAUGAAAAGAGACGUGAGACCUGCAUUGGACAUUUCCAUGCCACCAAAAAGCAGCUGCGCCUGCUAUGGACCAUGCCCUGCUGCGAGGUCAUCCAGGCGAGCAUCAACAGCAGCGUGACUCUCCUCUCGUAUGUUGUGAAAACCGAGGGACAGUUCUACCAGGCUUUCGUGGUGGAGGUGCGCAGCACCGAAGUCGGCACGCCCACGCCCCUUAACGUGGAUCCCUCGCCGCGCCAGAUAAUGACGCAGUUUCUGUGGCGUGUGGAGGGUGCCACGCGCACCUGCUGGCAGGACAAGCUGUUGGUGCUGACCCACGAGGAAUCCAUCAAGCAGUACAAUUGCAUUGUCAAACAAAGCUCGACAACAACGCAACCUGGUGGAGCCGAAGGCAGUGCCUGGCGUCUGGACACCAGCAUACUGACCCAGGAAACACUGGCCAAGAAUUUCAGCUGGGCUCAGUGGGAUGCAGAGUGUCAGGCCCUCUACUACAUACACCUCAAGCCAAAGGCCCAGAGUCUCAGUUUGCUGGACGAACGGGAGGAGGCUGGCGAGCAGACAGCUCCCACGCUGAGUCCAACACUGUCCGCUUUUCAGUUUAACGAGAAACAGCCGACGGAAACGGUGCUCAAUAUACCCCUGAAUCUACCGAAGCUGCCAACGGGCUCCAAUGACUCCAAUGAUUCCACGCCCAGCUACGACGACGAUGCUGUUCCUCUGCGCGUGCAUGACAGCACGCUGAACUUAAUCAUUCUGGCGGACAGUUCGGGCAUGUUCUUCGUCUGCCACUAUUACCUGUACCAGCCCAUGCAGACGGAGCAGCAGGAGGUGCACUUUGCCUAUUCUGUAACGCUGUUGCAUCACGGUUGUGUGGUUCACUGUGUCAUGCCGGGCGUUCCCUGGCAGAAGGCUCGCUUGCUGCGGCCGACAUUUGCUCUGCAUGGCCAGCACCAUUUGCUCGUUUCCUCGGCCUUCUUUGUGCACCUGCUGGAUGUGGGACUGCAGCACGAGCCCAUUUGCCACAUCGUUUGUGCGGCCCACAACCGAGGGCCGGAUCUUACCCAGCUGGUGCCUCUGAGGAAGUGGGGUACCUUGGCCUAUGAUACAGCCACCUUGGACUUGGUUUCGCUGACUGUACCCAGAUCGCAUCUCAUUGAGGCGUUCCGAAAUGACAGCUCCCUGGACAAUCGCAUCAGCAUCAUUCACUAUUUUUUACUGCAUUCUAAUGAUUUGGAUGUCCUGGCAGAGCUGCUGAAUACCAUUUUGGAGCGUCCUCUAUCCCUCGAUACGGUGGCCCUGCUGAAGGAGGCCCUCGUGGCCGGCAGCUAUGCGGCCGCCAAUCGAGGUUUGCCCGAAGAAGCCAAGCCGCUGAUGAGACUCAUACCUUUGACAACGGCCGUGGCUUCGCGCUCUAUCCAUGCCCGUGUGGCUGACAUCAAUGUGGGUUUGUCGCACGAGACACUUCACAACACCAGCAUGAUGUUGCUCUCGCCGCAACAGCGUCUAUCGCCCUAUCGCACCGACAUCUGGACACGUCUCUGGGACCUUCUGAACGAGUCAGCCAAGCAGGAGCAGCCGCGAUUCAGCGCUGAACAGGUCACAGAAAAGCUGAUCUUCAGUUUGGCGUGCUAUCAGCCGGAGGCUCUCUCCCGUUCUACCACACCGAUGACGCCGGAUACGGGCACUGGUGGAUUUGGGGACUACAGCAGCAGCAGUGCGUUUCCGUUCAGCAACGAGGUGCUGCCCUUCAUAGAGCUUGAAGGAUGCACGGCCAGCAAACAGGAGCAUGUCAUCUCUGUGUAUUUACGUGAGCUGAGCGUCCAUUUGGUAAAGCACUCGUCGAAACCACAAACAGGAUUCCGCUGGCUCAAGGAGACCUUCUUCGAGCGGUCGCAGGCUCCGGCUCACGUCCAUGCCGUUGCCUCGCAGUUCGUUUCUUCACAGCUGGAGCUCUCCAGGGCGCUAUGCUCGCUGGUUUGCCGCGCUACGGGUCUCGAUGCACGUCUGGAGACUUUGAGGGGAUUUCAGUUGAUUGACCAAAUGGCUGGUAGUCAACAGCAUUCGCUGUUUCUCAUUCUGGAGCGCUAUUGUCUGGCCGUGGAAUCGAUUGCUUUUCCUCUGCCCGAGGGCUUCUCUUCGUUCUUUACCUACCUGGGCUAUCGGGCCUUGGAAUUUGACAUGUUCCUGCAGUACGUUGAGAACCAUGUGUUUGAACUGCAGGUGGAUGUGAUGAAGACUAUUGUCUACGAUAUCGAAGACUCCCCACUGGGGAUUGAGCGAAAACUCUUGUUGCUGACAGCCCUGCCCAAACAGCGGGCCCAGAGGCUGCUGAAAUGCUGGCAGCAUCCGGACAGCCUCAUGAUCCGUGGGCGGGAGCAUGCGGCGAACAUCCUUUCGGGCCAACAGCAGGAAGCUCCACACCAGCAGCGACCUUCUGCCGGGGCCAACCAGUUGCGGACCAACGCGAGGAGCGAUCUUAGUGCAGAAACACUGUCUCCUCUGGACUCUUUUCUUGAUUUGCUGACGGCGAAGGCGAGUCUGAAUGAAUUAGACUACAAUUUACUCAUCGAAACGACUCUAAGUUCCAUGGACCAGCUGAAAGUGGAGGAAUAGGUGCUCAUUGUAAAAAUACAUAUAACAUAUAAACAAAACAUUAGUAUAACAUGUAGGCCAAAGUAUUGUGUCAAAAUAUCGAGUAUUUGGGUUAUUAAGUAUGUAUCCUAGUAUAGUCUAAGCUACAUCCUGGCAGGAGGCGGACAGAAGUUAAUAGAAUAUGCUCUCUUUGAAACUUGGCCAUGGCUCGUUCCUAGAUGUUCGAAAGUUUCGGUGUUUAAUUUUAUUUCAAUGGUUCCUAUUGUCAUCAUACAUACGACUAUGUACAAUGUAUAUAGGCUUACAUAAAUUGCCGCUUGUUUUUUGUAUAAUUCGUCAAAUAUUUAUGUAUAAUUGUUUAAUUACGUCUUUUAGUUGUAUAUUAAUAUAAUAUAAGUUGUAAGCUACCGAAGGCCAAACACAAAUAUAAGGGGAUCAGACGUAGAGUGAGUGAGACUCUGCCGCUGAUCCAAUUAAUGCACUAACCCACUAUCCCUCUGCUGACACGCACUCCACUGUAGUUUUGAUAAAAUGCACACAUCGCUUCCUCUUGGAAGUGUGCUACAGUGGUUUUGCACUUGUAAACCCUAGCGUUAGCUUGAUGCCUGGCCAAGUCAUUAGAUAACUGGUAAUUGCAAGAAUAAUUUCAAAGUAUCAAAGUACUGUUUUUAAAACUCUUCGUUUGCCUAUUUUCUUAUUGUCAAAAUCGAUUGUUCGUUAUAAACCAAUAAUAGAAAUACGACCCUGACUGUGAAAUUUUAGAUUUUGGUUGAAUAUAAUUGUUUUGUAGCAUAUUGAAAACAUAUUGAAAUCCAAACGGAUUAACAUCUUAAGUGUCAGUAUUUGAUAAGCUUUCGGCUAGUCUAUGCUUUAAUUUGUUCGAUUUUUUCCAAUCAGUGCAGAUCAACAUUGAUUUCAAAUGAAAACUACCACCAUGAGGUUCGCAGUGUAAUUUUAGAUUCUAAAAGAUUUAUUCUUCGAACAAUGCCAACUUAUCAACCAGACAAUCUACCCUACGUCUUGUGAAAACUACAUUCCACAAAUAGGCUAUGACAGAAAAAUGCACAUUAAACAUUUAAAAUAUUUAUAUAAAGUAAUCGUUUUCUUAGUUUAUGUGUCGCACUAUACUAUUCUAUAAGGUAUGCAUCAAUCGCUUGAAUAAACAAAUUGAAAAAGAUUGCGAAAACAUU